CUAACCCCCGUGGGUCAGCAGUGCUAAGAUGUUGCAAACGAAGAACCGUAUUAAAUAUUGUUCUCUGGCGAUCUCUGUCGCAAGGUUGUUUUCUUCCGGACCUAUUAAGAACCCAGUGGUGUAUCUGGACAUCGAGGCGGACAAUGAACCGCUUGGACGAAUAGUCAUUGAGUUGAAUGCAGAUGUAGUACCAAAGACUGCAGAAAACUUCAGAGCGCUGUGCACAGGAGAACAUGGCUUUGGAUACCAGGGUUCAGUGUUCCACAGAGUCAUUCCUGAGUUCAUGUGUCAGGGCGGAGAUUUCACAAAUCAUAACGGGACAGGAGGGAAAUCCAUUUAUGGAACAAAGUUUAAAGAUGAGAACUUCAAACUGAAACAUGCCGGUCCAGGAAUUUUAUCAAUGGCGAAUUCAGGACCCAAUACCAAUGGCUCACAGUUCUUCAUUUGUACCGCUAAAACCGAAUGGCUUGAUGAUAAACAUGUGGUAUUCGGUCAGGUUAAGGAGGGUAUGGAGGUGGUCUCAAAGAUCGAAUCCUUUGGUUUGCAUGAUGGCGGUGUGUUAAAGAAAAUUUUCAUCACUGACUGUGGGGAGAUCAAAUGAUGCAAAUGAACAAAAAUGGACUCUCUCGGAUGAUUAAUUGUACUAAGUUAUUUAAUAUUUACUUUUUCCAUUAUUAAUUUUUCUAUGAUACGAUACGUUAUCACCGAGUUUGCCUGCACUGAGCUAUCAUAGAGGUAUUUGUCCUAUGUAAAUUCACAUCGUAUUUGUACUCUUUAAUCCCAUUACAAGAGAUCAUGUCAACUUACAGUAUAUUUUGUUACUCAGAAUAUGCCUUUGUUCAUCAAUUUGUUUUAUUACAUUAAGAAUAACAGGAAGAAGAGGAACCUAAUUAAAGACUAGAUUAGACUUUUUUUUAUCUCAACGGUCAGAUUGCCCUAUAUAUUUAAGUAAUUUGAACGCAGUCUGUUUAUACCAAGCACUGAAUGCCAAGUCACUUGUUCUGUAAAGUAAUAUUCCCGUUGUACAUUUUCUGUUCAUGCACUUUCAAAU